AUGGGCAAGCGCAAAAGCUCCUCGAAGCCACCCCCCAAGAAGAAGAAAGACCCCCUUCCCACUCAAUUCACCUGCCUGUUCUGCAACCAUGAGAAGUCGGUCGACGUCAAAUUAGACAAGAAGAUGGGCGUCGGAAACCUAGAAUGCAAGAUCUGUGGACAAAGAUUCCAAUGCGGCAUCAAUUACCUUUCCGCCGCUGUCGACGUCUACGGAGAAUGGGUUGAUGCCGCAGACGCAGUUGCCGAGCAGACAUCACUUGAAAACCGUGGUACUGGUGGGAGCUCGAGUCGCGCCAAGCCAUCUUCCAGCAGAUACGAAGAAGAGGAUAGAUACGCGGGACAUGGCGUCGGGGCCGAUGAUGACUACGACUGA